GCGCAGCAGGCGGCAGCGAGAGCCGGCGUAGUAGGGGCGGGCUCAGCAGCGGUGAUUCGCGGGCGACGGCGGGCGCAGCAGCGGCGGUGCGCGGGCGGCGGCGGGCUCAGCAGCGGUGGUGCGCGGGCGGCAGCGGGCGCAGCAGCGGCGGUGCGCGGGCGGCGGCGGGCUCAGCAGAGGCGUGGCGCGGGCGGCUGCGGGCUCAGCAGCGGUGGUGCGCGGGCGGCAGCGGGCGCAGCAGCGGCGGUGCGCGGGCGGCUGCGGGCUCAGCAGAGGCGGUGCGCGGGCGGCUGCGGGCUCGGCAGCGGCGGGCCGGGAGCAGUGCGGGCAGCGUGCGGGCCGGCGGCGGUCAGCGCACGAGCCGCGCAGCUCAGCACGGGCUUGCGGGGCUGGCUCGCGGGCUGCGUAAGCGGGUCGCGGGCGGCUCGCGGGGGUUCGCGGGCAGGUCGCGGGCUGCUCGCGGGCAGUUCGCGGGCUGUGCGCGGGCUGCGCGGGCUGGUCGCGGGCUGCGCAGGCGGUUCGCGGGCUGCGCGUGGGGCGGUCGCGGGCUGUGAGCGCGGCGCGCUGUGCGGUUCGCGGGCGGCGUGA